AUGGCAAGAAAGAGUUUUUAUGUUGUAAAAAGAGGUCGACGUUGUGGUAUUUUUGAUAAUUGGGAGGAAUGCUUUUCUCAAGUUGAUAGAUUCCCAAAUGCAUCCUAUAAAGGGUAUGCAACGUAUGAAGAGGCUUUGAGUGAAUGGGAGAAGCACUUAAGUGCGCGUGAUUCAUCAUCCAGCUCAAGGCAUGUGCAGCCACAUGUUUGUGUUCAGGAACAAAUGUUUCCAGAGGGGAAUAAUCUUCUUGAGGACAAGGGAUUUAACUGUAAAGGAGAUGAAAAGGAGAUGACAAGGGAUUUAACUGCAAGGGAAACUGCUAUUAAGUACAUCUUUGCUUUUUUAUUAGGUUCAGUGUUUACCAUUUUAAUAUUUCUAGUAUGUAUCGUUGCAAUAUUUGUUGGUUUAUCUAUUAAGGGAAACAUGUGA